AACUUCUCACUGAGCUUUAUCAACAAGCAUCCGUAGGAACAUUCUGUCAGCUCUCUUGUUUAAUUGGUUAGUCUCGUUUUAGCGUCACGUGGCAAGGCGGAGGCGAAGUCGCGUCACCUUACUGGAACUAUGAACCGGGAGAGCAGCUUCAGGGCCCCUUCAAAACGGCGCCUUCGAGGCUCCAACCCAAACAUGGCCGCACCUAAUCAGCUGUUUGAUGAUACCAGUUCAGGAACAAGCCCUUAUGCAGCAGAGUACCCCAGCCAUGGCUCCCCAGCCCUCGGCAUACCAACUCAGGCUUUCUUGUCAGAGCCAAUGUCUAAUUUCGCAAUGGCCUAUGGAAGCAGUCUGGCAAGCCAGGGCAAGGAGAUGGUGGAUAAGAAUAUUGAUAGGAUUAUCCCAGUGGGUAAACUAAAGUAUUAUUUUGCUGUAGACACAGUCUAUGUCGGGAAAAAGAUUGGAUUGCUCCUCUUUCCCUACAUGCACCAGGACUGGGAGGUCAGGUACCAGAAGGACAGCCCUGUAGCUCCAAGGUUUGAUGUGAAUGCCCCAGACCUCUACAUUCCAGUUAUGGCUUUUAUCACCUAUCUUCUGGUAGCUGGCCUGGCUCUGGGUACACAGAACAACUUCUCCCCGGAAAUUCUAGGUAUGCAGGCCAGUUCUGCCCUUGCCUGGCUCAUAGUGGAAGUAUUUGCUAUUCUUCUCAGCCUCUAUUUAGUUACUGUAAAUACUGACCUGACUACAGUGGAUCUUGUUGCAUUUUCUGGAUACAAAUAUGUGGGGAUGAUCUGGGCUGUUCUGUGUGGGCUUCUGUUUGGGAAGACUGGGUAUUACAUGCUACUCGGCUGGUGCUCAUUCGCCAUAGCAUUUUUCAUGGUCCGGACUCUUCGGUUAAAGAUCCUGUCAGCAGCUGCAGCAGAAGGCGUUCUGGUGCGUGGGGCUAGGAAUCAGCUGCGUAUGUACCUGACCAUGGCCAUUGCUGCAGUGCAGCCUCUGUUCAUGUACUGGCUGACGUAUCACCUUGUGAGAUGAUUCCUAUUCCGUCUGAGCUUGUCCUGAGAAUGGAAAUCUCCCCUGUAUCAGGAUGACAUCAAACACCCCACAGCAAGUCUUUUUCACCCACUCGCUAUUUUGUACUGUUUAUUUGUGCGUGGAUCGCAUUGCCUGUUCUAUCAUUGUACAGCGGUCCCUUUUUUAAUCUCUCCUUCACCACCGUGACAAGGAUCAUUGGACAACAUGCACUCGAAAUGAUAGUGGUCUUGCUGCCACUGUCUCGCACAGCUCAGUACUCAUCAAACGUAUUCAGUGUAAAGUCUUUGAUUGCUUGUGCUUGCUUAGGAUCCACAAAACUCAACUGGUUUCCAGUGGACAGGCCAACAAGUACUGGGCAACAGAAACAAAUCAAAAAUUACUUUUUCAUUUUACAUCCAAUACCAAACUUUAAUUUUAGAAUUUUUAAUU